GAAGAAGAGUUACGGAAAAGCGGGGAGGCCAAAUACGCCCACCUGAGUAAUGAUUUACACGUGUUAAUUGAAGUCUUCGCUCCACCGGGAGAGGCCUAUUCCCGCAUGAGUCACGCCUUGGAGGAAAUUAAAAAAUUUCUUGUUCCAGACUACAAUGACGAGAUUAGGCAAGAGCAGCUGAGAGAGUUAUCCCUGCUGAACGGAUCCGACGAGUCGGGCAGAGGGCGGAGCGCACAAGGGAGGAGCGUACGGUCAACAACCACAGCAUCCACAAUGAGCCACAGAGGUGCGAGCAGAAGAGCAGCGGCACCUCGAGGGACGGCUGCAGCCACACACAGCAAACUUCCCACAGCAGUCCUGACGAGGGACCUGCAAGCUCCGAGGACAAGGGGGGCAGCGGCAAACGCCGGAUACAGGCCCCCGCUCUUAGCAGUCACACAUGAAUCAUAUGAUGACUAUGGUUACGAAGAUGGAUAUGAUGAAGAAUACGAAGAUGAGAGUUAUGAAACCUAUGAUGAAAACUACAGCACUCAGUCAAAGAGCAUUUCAGAAUAUUAUGAAUAUGGACACGGAACCAGUGAUGAAUCGUACAACAGCUAUGAAGAAGAGUGGAAGAGCCCCAGACCUGUUCUCAAAGCUCCAGCGUUACGCCUGACAAGAGGAGGCUACAGAAAGCAUCCCUAUGAUAUUGAAAAACACACUAGUGUGUGUUCACCAGAGCCCAGAGGAACACGGCAGGGCACACAAAAAACACCUGUCUCAAGACGGAAGAUUUCCUUCGCACAUUUCUAUCUUCAGCAGAAGAGAGAGUUCUUGGACAGAGAGAGAAACAGACUCCAGAGGAAAUUCCAGUGCGAGACAUGAUGGAAUUGACUGAGGGACGACCCGCAGGCAUACUUUGUAGAGGAUUGGCUGAACACCAGGUGGACUAAAACACUUUCAAGUCUGAGUGUUCUGAGCUAUAAAAUACCUUCUGGCAUUAACAUUUUUAUCUGAACAAACAUCUCUCUGAGUUUGGUCUAUGAUAUGUCUAAUGGUGCAUGAUGUAUUUGCAGCUGAGAAGACACAUUUUAUUGUGAAUGUUUGGUUGUUUUAAAAUACAGUGAGGCGAAUCAGUAUUGAACUUGUCAACAUGUUCUUGGUAAAUCUAUUUCUAAUAGGACUAUUGGCUUAAAACAUUUUACACCAGAUUCAGGAAAAGGCCAGGGGUCAGAUUGCCAUGAGGACCGAACAUUCUCCCGUCAAGUUUAUUUAUUUUUUUCCUUAUAAAUCCCAAAUGACGGACGCACGUUUCAGGCCCCAUUGUGCGUACGCAAGCUUUAUACAUAAGACCCCAGGCAAUCUACACAUACAAAGACAUCAAAACAUCUAAAUCUAUAAAUUAAAUUGCAGACUGUCUUCAAGUCUUGACGGUUCUGGGAAUCUCAAAACAGUCCAGUUCUUUCCACUGAUGAUAUAAAUUCCAGAUGGAUCAUUGAAAAGCUUUAAUGUGGUUUUACUUCAGCAGUGGAGUCUUGUGCAGUGAUUGGAUAUGGAGGUUUUUGCACUGAGUACAUUUAUUAUUGUUUUCAUGGAAAACGGUACCUGCUAUUUCCAGGUCUUUCUAAAUUUCUCCAUGAGUUGUCUUUACCUUUUGGACAACUCUUCUGAUUAUUUAUUUGACUAACUAAUGCCAUCUGUAUGUUUUGUAAUAAUAGGGUUAAAAAUGUGUUAAGAGAGCUCUUUGCUCUUAUCAAUCAUGAAAUACUUGAGAUAUCUUGGCUAUGAGAAAUUUUUUAGACAAUAAAUAAGGACCAAGCCGGUUGUAAUUAACUUGCACUAACACAGAGCAAGAUUGAUUCCUAAAGACUGAUUUUGACUCUUUUUUUGUCUCUUCUGUGAUGUUUGAAGCUUCUUUCUUCAUGAGUUUAUUGGUAUUCAUGAUUUUGUUUAAAUAUAUUAUGAUUUAUGGACUAAUGUGUUUGGAUUUCUUUGUGUGUCUGUUUUUUGUUUGAUUUUGUCUUUUGGGUUGUUACUGACACAUUGUGUGAAUUGGCCAAAGAAACAAAAACACCCAUAGAAAUAGAGUUACUGAGAAUAGCAUUGAUGUGUGAAUACUCAUUUUACCCAUUAUUAUUUUAAUCACCAGUUUUUUAAUUACCAAAAAAUGCAAAUUACUGAAAUGGAAAGAUGUUUUCAUCCGGCCCCUGCUAUCAUUUCUGACCUAACCUACUGCACCCUGUGUCUGUACCCAGUUCUUGUAAUAAAUGAUACACUUAAGGCUGCCAACAAGAACAUGUCAGUUCAUUAAGUAAGUCGAGCCCACUGCUGGCUUCCUAGCCAAAUGUCACAGCCAGUUUACAGCCCUGCUGGUAAAUCCUCCUGCUGCUUCAUGGAGCUUCCCUUCUAGUCAUUUUCCCCUGGUCUUCAUAAUGAAUGAUCCUCUCUGCACCUUUAAAUACAACACAUGGUCAUUGCCGGUUGAGACUGAUAGAAGCGAUACAAUGUGCCUACUGUUCAAAUAAAUGCUCAUCCCAGA